GGUUACGUCAUCGCGUGAUGACGCAGAAUCAACGUCCCCGAAAACAAUUCUGAGCCCAAUUUUUUAUUUGCGAGCCAAUGUCUAUUUAUAAGUUCAGAAUCAGACUCAGCGCAUGUAUUUAUACUGGAGGAAUCCGGUGAGCUAUAAAGCAAUUUUUUUGUCACCGAUGUCCAGUAGGAGCGGGUAAGAACGUUGCAACAAAUACAAAAAAAUAUGAAAGGGGGUGCAAAGUACAAGAUAGCUAAACAAAUCACCCAAACAAAAUAAAACGAAACCAUCCCCAUCUCGUGUUUCCUGCAGUUCCUUAUUUCCCACUGGACGUUAAUUUAAAAAAAUAAAAUCUGAAAAUCUGAAAUGUGUUUUUUUUUUGUCUUCGUGCAAACAAACGCGUGCGACGCGUCAAAUACAAUCGCGCGUGAAGUUAUUUGCACGCAGUCAACGAAGCCACAUUCGUAACGGCGUAUAUCGAUCGACAAUAAACGCAUCAUCGGGAUGCAAUUCUCUUCAAUGAAGGAGGAGAAGAAGAAGAAGCGACUGAACGGGUGAGUGGGCUCUCACGUCCACGUUUACAGAGACAACUCUCCGCAGCUCCCGGGGAGACAUUGCGAGGACGGUGAACCAAAUCAACAUGGCGGAGACAGAAGACACCAGGAACGCCGGGGGCGAUCACGGCGAGGGCCCCCCCGGUGGAGCAGGAGCAGGAGCAGGUGGAGGAGCAGCAGCGGCACCAACCGUGGCUCAAUUCCUACUGGCAAACAAGGUAGAGUCAGCCAUGUGGGUAUCCAGGUUGUCCACCGUCAUGUCGUCCAUCCUCUUCUUUAUCCCUCUGCUGGGGACGGGCCAGGCGAGUGCAUGGUUCCAGCGAGCGCUGCUCUUCUCGGCGCUCACAAGCGCACUGCGCCUACAUCAGCGGUUGCCACACCCGUCACUGAGCCGCGUCUUUCUAAGCCAGGCGCUGCUUGAGGAUUCGUGCCACUACCUGCUAUACUCGCUCAUCUUUGUCAACGCCCAGCCCAUCACCAUGAGUUUGCUUCCCGUGUUCCUGUUUUCACUGCUGCACGCAACGGCGCACAGCUUCAAAGUGCUUAACAUCCUGGGCCCUGGCUCGAUGCCACUUGUUCGCUCCUUCCUGACACGGGUGUCUGCGCAGCAGCAGAACAUCCUGAAGCUGGUGGCGUGCAAUGAGAUCUUCCUCAUGCCUGCCACGCUGCUUAUGCUCUUCAGCGGCCACUGCAGCCUGUUCCUGCCCUUCUUCUACUACCGCUUCCUGACCCUGCGAUACGCAUCCCGGCGCAACCCGUACUGCCGCGUGUUGUUUUCCGAGCUGCGGAUGGCAGUGGAGUCUGCAACAGCGAACCCGUCGUGCCCGGCGGUGCUGCGCUCGGCAUCUCAGAGAAUCAUCGGCUUCGUCAGCCGCCUCGCUCCGCCCGUGCAGCCCUAGAGCAGCCCCCGCUC